AUGACGCCCGGACCUUGCUCGGAAGUUCCUGUCGACUCACUGGAGGAGCCGUCGGACGACCUCGAAGCGCAGAUCAAGAAGAUCCUAGAGGACGCCUACAAGACAGGCGGUGGCCAAGAGAUCGUCAAAGAGCUCGCCUACAGCAUGCGCAUAAACGAUCACAAGUUGGCAGGGCUUGACAGGAGCCGCCAAGAACAGCUAAAGCUCCUGGCAAAGGUUCUUCAUCAUCUGAGGAGCUCCGCUGCCUUCGAAUGCGCAGAUGAGCAUGACGGGUCCGCUGAGUACUGGGCCGAUUUCUUCCAGAAAGUGAGCGAAUAUUUUCGAGGACCAGGCACAGUCGAUAAGUGGGUGCGUCAGUUGUACAUAACGGAUGCGACGACUCAGAGCAACGGCAUAGCCGUGCCUUCGGACGCCUUGCUCUGCCCGGUUGUCAAUUUCUCCGUACCUACCGAUCGACCGAGUGAGAACGCAAAAUGGACACCAGCGCUUGAGAGCGAUAUCAUCGAUGGAGAACCCCUCCACGAUGAAGCCGUCGCGAUGGCUGGGAGGAAAGACCUAGAAGAAGUCAAGCGCGUCAUCAGACAAGCUGAGGAGGCGAAACCGUCAUGCAACAUCAAUCUUCUCCAAGACAGGCUCGUCACGGGCAACCAUAACGGGCAAGUCCGUGUUGUGAGCGCAGCCUCAGGCGAUACCGUCAAGAGCAAGCCAGCUAAGCCUGUCGAGAGUGAACGUAUCAUGGACGUCGAUACGAACGACGCUGCCGAAAACAAGCCCGCCGAGAACCAAGGCAUCGUGGACCCUCUUAUCGAGAGCGCUGCUAUUCGGGGCGUGUCUGUCGGGAGCGAAAGCAUCGUCCGCGCUGCGACUAGCCUCAGCGAGAUCUCUGGGGCUGGAAUGUCAACCAACGAGGACCGAGGCAUGAACAACGGCGUUGCCCUCGGGAACCUGGCGGAAGCCAAUCUUGCAGAUCGUCACAUAGCCAAUACUGAGGCCGAUGGGACCAAUGCCGCUUGUGACGCCAUGAAACCCAGCCGUGUCAUGGUGGGUAUUCCUCUGGAGAAGCCCACUGACAGCAACGCUCGUCUACACAAACUUGAUGUUGUCGGCUCCGCGAAAACUUUGACGAUGGAUGACAUUGUAAUCCAGAGCGGGCCGGUAGGACUGUCCAGUGCCAAGGAUGGUGUUCAAAGCGGAAACUCCCAAAGCCCCGCUCAAAGCUCAAUCGUCGAAGGUACACGUUCCGAAAGUCAGCCUUCCGCAACCGCAACCCAGCAGAGCAACGUCAUCAAUCCAUCUGCCGAACGCAAAAGAAAGCGUGGUUCUAUUGAGCUUCGGACCAUUGGUGAGACGGUCAACGGCGAAUCCUUGCAACACAAGUCUCCAAGUAGCAGCGCACAGGACAAAGGAUCUCGUCAGCUUGAGCCAGCUAGGCACGGACUCGCCAAGAGCGAGCCUGCUUCAAUGGAGCCUGCUGGAAGCGACGAGCCUGAGAAACUGCGUACGGCGCGUCGUACACGGAUGCCCUUCGAUGAGGCUGAUGGAAUGACUGGUCGCCUUGCAACCAAGCAACUGACGCCGAGUUCAGGAGAGACUUCUCUCAUACCACCCAAACAGGAUAGUAUGUAUGUUGGAGGUUUGGAGGCUGGCGAUUGUCCUGGCUUAGAUCUCCGUCUUUCAGGCAGAGUGGGUCUCUUGAAGGUCUUCUGUCGGCCGAGGGAUGGGCAACGCGGUCCGUAUGUAGUGGUGGUGUUCGAGAGGCAGCUUGGUUUGGUUGCUGCUGCUAUCGGUAUGGUUGGAGCGUUUCUUUACUUCGCGUAUCGAUGGUUGCUUUGA